AAACUAGUUACAUGAUAGUCCCAGAAGAAGAUAUUUCUGGAGCUGAUCACAUUUUCAGGAAGAGAUACUCAAAUUAUUCGGAUAUUAACAAUGGGGACAAUGCACAGCAAUCGUCGCGCGUGCUGGUCCGCACGUCCCGCGCGUGGGCCGGCGCCCCUGAAGACUCGCUGUCGGUGGUGACUCGCGACACGGGCGCCUACCUAGCGCUGCCGCUGCGGGGGCCGCGCGCGCAGAUCGACCUCGAGGCGAGGGCUGACCACAACACUCUUGUACGUGUUGGUGCGUCGGGGCGCAUAAACACCGUGACGUCGGACGCCACGCGGCCCGCGCGCGCCUCCGUCACCGUGCACGCCACUAACACCGGCCUCGCUGCUGCCAGCUUCUCCGUGGUGCUAAAAGACUGCGGUCCGGAGCUGUCACUGGGGCUGCAGCGGGCGACCCGCAGCGCGGCGCAGCUGGUGCCGCCGCGACACACGCGCCGCUACUCGCUGCCGCUGCCCGCCGCGCUGCCCGCCCACACCACACGCUGCUCCGUGUCGCUGGUGAACGACCGCGGCGAGGCGGUGGCGACGCGCGACGCGGCGGUCAAGCAGGGCGACCGCUGCUUCUGCGUGUGGCACUGCGACUGCGUAUGUCUCAGUGAAGACCCGAAGCUGCUCUGCCAGCCGCUGCCGCCCGCGCUGCUGGCGGCGGCCGGGGUGCCCGCCCCCGCGCGCCCGCGCCCACGCCCCCGCCGCGCCUCCGGCCUGCUGACCUCGCUCAUGCGCAGCUGCAGCUCCGGCGUCGGCCCGGACUUCUUCUGCUCCACGCUCAUCAGGAUCAUUGCGUUCGCGUGGCUCGCGAUUUUUAGUCUGUUGGUUGCUGGUUUCGUGAAGGGUCUGAUCGGCGUGUUCAGCCUGCGCGUGGCGUACUUCUGGCUGGAGUACGUGGCGCGCCUGCCGCCGAAGCCGCUGCGGGCGUACCAGGAGCCCUGGCUGAAGGAGUGCAAGGUCAAGAUCGACAAGCAAGGCUGGGCCGUGCACCCGAGGACUGGGCAGAGGACUGUGCAUUCUAUGACGCUCAUGCGAAUGAUUCUGCUGAACUCGACGCUGUUCGUGACGCUGGCCGCCAUGACGCUCAACAACUGGAUCCGCUACCUCAUCAGCUCGGAGGCCAAGAAGGAGACCGUGGUGCUGCCCACCUACGGAGCCAAGUACCACACCAUGGACGUGCAGACGGCGGAGGGGGGCCGGCGGCGGCGGCGCGGGCGCUUCGCCCCGCGCUGGAUGUCGCCGCACGCCGAGACACUGUCCUCCGAGCUGUGGACCACCGCCUUCCCGUCUGAAGCUACCCUGAUGAAGCCGCUUCUCCUGGAGAACUACCGGCGCGCGGAGGCGUGCCAGUCCUCGCUGGACUCGGAGCAGGACGAGCAGUACGUGCUCACGCAGAUGCAGAAGAGCCGGGAGUCACUCGCUAAAAGUCACCGCAAGCAUUCGGCCAUGUCAGGAGGACACAGCAGCUCUACGCAUCGAUAGUACCUAACUACCUUCGGGAAAUUUCUUUUAUUUCAGUUAUGUAGUUAAGGAGUAGGUAACUAACCUAAAGUUCCCAACUGAUGUCUAGAGGUAGGUAUACUUCCUAAGUUUAUAUUAUGUACCUAGUUCAUUUAAUAUACUUAUGUUUUAGAAUCUGAUUUAUAGGUAAUGAUUUCAACAUUUUAGUUAAUUAUUUGUUGUAAUUUAAUAAGCUUUUAAUUUAAUAGAUGCUUUAAUUUAUGGUGUUACAAUAAUUAGA